AUGAGGGGCUUGUGCACGGACCUUCAGCAGGCGACCGACCCGGGAAACGUCCUAUGCGGAAGAGAAACUCCGGACAAACAGCAACCUGCGAUGCUCGUCGCGGUCUCUGGCCUCCUGCCGCUGCCCAGCCCUCUGUCGGCUGAUACGACAAAUCUGCCUCAACUGCUUCUGCGCCGCGCCGCGCUGCCCUGCAUGAUGGUGGACGCGGCGACAAAGGCGCUCCUCCGACGCGAGCAGGACGAGGCCGUCGCCCGCCGCGCCGAGCGCGAGCGUGCGCUGCUGCAGCCGGGAACCGCACUCGUCGCAAAGAAGCAAAAGGGCGGACGGCAAAGCAGCGGCGCCGGCUUUGGAAGCGGCGCGGCUCCGGCGGGCAAGGCGGCGUCCAAGAAGAAGGGCGCAAAGAGGCCGCGGCAGAGCGCCAGUAAGGCGGAGCUGGCGCAGCGCGGCUCGGUGCUCGCCAAGGAACUGCAGAGCUCUGGCGUCGUCCGGAUCGACGGCGCCCUCUCCGCCGCGACGGCGGACGCGCUGCGCGACUUUGUCGACGCGGAGCGGCUGCGGUGCGAGGAGGAGGUCGAGGCGGGAGGUCGGCCCUCGACCGACCGGUUCGCAAACCUGGUGCUGCUCUCGAACCGGUGCGACUUGCUGCUGCCUCUGCAGGGACCGCCACUCGACGCGAUGCAGGAGCGUGCCGCGCGCUCCUCCCGACCCCACCUCCCGACCCAGGGACGUGGUCUCCCGACCACAGUCUCCCGUCCGUCACCCCUCGUGUCGGCAAUGCUCGUGCAGGAGCUGCUCGGCGAGGCGUCCGCACUCGGGUCGCUGCUCGAGGAGGCCUCCUUCAACGAGCUCGCGUGCCUCAUCUCCGAGCCGGGCUCGAAGCAGCAGCCGCUCCACCCAGACACCCCCUACAGCCCCACCCCGCCGCUGUACGCCGCCUUUGUCGCGCUGCAGGACGUGGACGCAAAGAUGGGUCCGACCAUCUACCUGCCCGGCACUCACACGGAGGCGGAGCACACCGCCUUCUACGGCGGCAACCUCGAGGUGGGAAGAGACACGGUGGGGCUGCGCACCAACGUCGUGGACGAGGAGUACAUCGCUUCGCGCCCCGUCAAGCUCGGCCUGCUCAAGAAGGGCGACGUGGCGCUGUACAACCAGCAGGUGCUGCACUGCGGGGGCGCCAACGAGUCGCCCGACCGCGUCCGGCGCCAGUUCUACAUCUCGGUGCGCGACACGCGCGUCAAGGGAGUCCAGGCGCGUGCCUCGAUCCGGCCCGCCCUGCUCGGCCAGCUCACUCUCGGCGCCGUGCGCGACGAGCUGCGCGAGCUCGCGGCCGGCGGCGAGGCGCGCAGGUUUGCUGCGCUGCACGCGGCAGACAUGCAGGCGCCCGAUGGCGACGCGCGCCACGAGGCCCUGAGCCAUGAGAGGGUAGCCGCUAUCUCCGCGAUGGACUCUGCUCGCAAGGCGCACGAGUGACGUUUACUGCUGAAUCGCGCCAGUAUGCUGAAUCGCGCCAGUCGCUCUGCUGCGUAGAUGGUGUAGAUAAGUUCACCCCUUGUCUUAUAUUACGAAGAAGGUGGUACCAUGUA